GGGGGGAAGAAAAUAACACUGGAAUCCCCAGGUCCUGUGAGUCCUGUCCCCGGCGAAAAUUCAUCAGGAUACUCGCCGUGCGAUUGGCCGUCCAGUCGGGAAGAGUCUCGCUCAGCAGUCAGCUGUUCCCGCCCCGAGUGGGGCGCAUGCGCCGGCUGGUCGGUCGCUGGUGCUGGUGGUGGAGCACGUGAACGCGCCGAGACUGUAAACAUAGCAUGAAAAAACGGCCGGUGAUCGACGGCCCGACGAGGUAGGCAGGGAACAGUUGCCGGGGAGACUCGGUGUUGCGCGCGGAUUUCUCGAGAUCGGCUCCUCCCCCAGAGAGACCUAGAUGCCGUUCGGCAACAAGCCGGCAUGCGUCAAGUGCGGGACCCGCGAGACCCCUCUGUGGCACUCGACCGACGCCGGUAACUUGUGCAACUCCUGCCUGGAGGAUGAGCGGAGCGCCGAGGUGAGUGCGUCCUUCAAGGCGGACGAGGAGGACAGGAGCGGCUCGUUGAGGCCCAGAAGGAGCACGCGGAUCACGAGGUACUGCAACGCGAAGGCGACGGGAUCACACAGAAUCGUACCGAAGGGCAAGGGUCGCAGGAACCUCUUUAAGAAGACGCCAGUCAAAGCGCCCACGGCCACCGCGACUCCGGUCACCAGCAACUUUGUGUUCUACAAAGGCACGUACUUCCAGGUCGGAGACGUCGUCUCUAUGCAGGACGUAGACGGUGGUAUUUAUUACGCCCAGAUACGUGGCUUGCUGACGGAUCAGUAUUGCGAGAAGAGCGCCGCCGUUACCUGGCUGUUGCCCACGACAGCGAGCCCCACGCCGGAAGAAGGUUUCGUCCCUGAGACAUACGUAAUCGGGCCAGAGGAAGAUUUACCUCGCAAACUGGAGUGCAUGGAAUUUGUGAUGCACGCCCCGUCCGACUAUUUCAAGUUGAAGAACAGCCCCUAUCCGCCUCCGCACACGGAGAAGGGAGCGGGCUACAUAUGGACGACACUUAGAAACGAACUGGCUAUAUCUAAGAAGUGACGGUGGUUCCUGAUCAUCGAUAAUAUAUGUCGCUUAGCUUAAAGUAGUAAGGUAAUUUCUGUGUGCACAAAUCGCUCCUUACGUUUCAAUAUUUCCCUCUGCCUGUAAUAUUGACUUUAAUUAAGUACUCAUUGUCAGACUGUUGGAUUACGUUGGACGCACAGAACUCACGAGAUUCGGCGUGACGAAAGUACGAUACACCCUGGACAAGAUACACAUCGCUAUACAAUAUCGAAAUAGUCUUGCGAAAAACAAUACGCGUUUACAAUAAUGUUGUUUUAUUUAUUAAAUAUAUCUUCAUUACAAUAUAA